CAACUAUCCAUCAGAUCACCGCCAGGCACUCGUGUGCAUACAUGGCGAGGCAGCAUGUUAGCUCUCGCAUGCGCACGGGUAUGUGAGCUAUGUAGUAUGGGGCGUAGCACUCGCUAUAUUAGGUGAGUGGUAGAUAAGUUUCCUUUAUAAUGGGUUGCCCUCUCCCUGCUCGAAUGUCAGUAUGGGAAGUGCAUUAGUCCAUUUGUACUCUUCUAUUUCACUCCAUGGCUUCACUCUAUUCCACUGAGUUAUAUGUGACGGCUGACCCAAGAACACUUACUGAAGAACAACCCCUUCCCGAAGCUCUUCGUCGCACGUCCCUCUUAAUGAGGGUAGUCUGCUUUUUGGCACUGGGACAACCGGAUUUUGAUGGUCAUUGGAAGUCAUUGCAAUCCGAGGAAGCAUUCGAAACCGUUAGGGGCAGGUCGUGCUCUAUCCUGACCAGCACUAUCACCACAGCAAGUGUCCUCCUCGCUACAAGUGUUGUUUUCGUCACCACCGGCUCUCCUGUACCAUACUUUGAUUAUACAUCACCCGUUCCUCACUGUCUGCUCUUGAUAUCGCUCAUGCUUGCUAUGAUCGCGCUGUUGACAUCCGGCUCGAGCAUGAUACGUUGGGUACACACCGAUCGGCAUUGGACUCAAGAGCAACUUAAGCCAGGCGGUUACUUCGUGUUCUCCUACCUGUUGUCAACAAUCACUCCCGUGUUCUUCGUCGCCUGGUCCCUACAUUGUUUCAUAUUUGGCUUUUCCUCUCAAAGCAUAAUCUGCCGCGCUAUCACUGUGGUCUGGAUGGUCACAUAUGUUGUGAACAUUGGAACAAUAUUGAUGGAGACUAUGUGGAAUUAUGCCAAAUUUUCAACGGACUAUAUUAGUGUACCUAGACAGUGUGAUCAAACUAAGUCUCAGAGAACAGAAAAAGCUGUUCGGCUGAUCGGGGUGUCCCGCAUCCAACUCAUUCCAUCAUGCAAUUAUCUCACUUUCAAGCUUGAAUGUCACUCCGAAUCGGCCACUAACACCAUUCAGGCAAACACAAAAUCCUUUUGUGGACUUCCCCUUUCUGCCAUCACGAACAAGCAAUUCCUAUGCAUCCACGGCGGUCUUUCACCAGAGCUGAACACUUUCGAUGAUAUCAGAGCGAUUGACCGGUUCCGCGAGCCUCCAACACAUAGGCUGAUGUGCGAUUUUCUAUGGUUGGAUACUGUCGAAGACUUUAGGCGAGAGAAGAUGAAUGAAAGUUUCGUUCAUAAUCACGUUCCGGGUUGUUCCUACUUCUUACAGCGAGAUAAUCUUCUUUCGAUCAUUCGCGCGUACGAAGCGCAGAUGCCGGUCGCUCAACAGAUAUCGCAUGUGCCGGAAGACAAAAACCACAAGUUUUCCUUCUGUCAUGACAAUCUUUUCAGCUACCUCGACGUGUACAACAAAGCCGCCGUCUGGAGUUUGCGCUUUGUGGGAGAGAAAAUCACGGAUGUACUUAUCGCUGUGCUAAAUACCUGCGGCAAAGAAGAACUCGAAGAGUCUGACGAGGAAAAUGUUGUUUCACGAGUAACCCACCACGAAGAGGCAAGACGGAAGAUCAUAAAAAAUAAGAUCCUUGCAGUUGGACGGACGGCGCGUGUGUUUGCUCUGAUCCGAGAGGAGUCGGAGAAGUUUUCGGAGCUCAAGAGUAUAUCUAGCAAGUUGCCAUAUGGCACGCUAGCGUUGGGUACAGAGGGCAUGAAAGAUGCCAUUUCCCGACUUCGAGGAUGCGGCUUCACUUGGGACGACAAUGACGAAGCGCCGGAGUUUGGAGAGCACGAUGUAGAUGAUCCAAGAAGUGCUCCACGGGAAAGACUUGGAGACUCGCGGACUUCCUGGAAAUGGACUCUCUCAAGUCUCAACGACCGAUUUCGAUUAGGCAAGUGUAACAGCGGGUGGAAGUUACACUUCAACUUCGUGCAUCAUGUACUACUACAGCAGUACCUACGUACCGGGUCACUCAUAUUCACGCAUACGCACUCCCCUCAUGCACCUGCGGGUCGCGGCUACCUCAUGCAUGUGAAGCUCGAGGGUGUCCGCGAAACAAAUACAUCAUGCAAGUCCCGGACCCUCAAAGCUGAAAAAACUCGAGGUGUCCGGGGAGGAAAGUCUAAGUAG